CGCGGUAGGAGUUGAGAACCGCCUGGAUAAUACUGCACAAUCCAUUUCUUACACCCAUGGAAUUGAGAAUUGAUUGGAAGUUAACAUGCGCGUUCUCGUGAUUGGCGGAACUGGACGAUGCGGCAAGUUCGUCAUCGACGAGCUGCUUAGCCGAGGAUACCAAGUUACCACCCUAGCCCGCAACCCCGAUGCGCUGAGCGAUAUCCAAGCCGCCGGCCUGAAGAUUAUCCAAGGCACGCCAACCCAGCUCGACGAUGUACGAGUUGCCUUCAAGGCCGACGUGCCCGACGCCGUGAUCGUGACCUUGAACGCCCCCAGGGCGAACGACAGUCCGUUUGCGGCUCCGAUUUCCCCGCCGCGGCUGAUGACCGACUGCAACGCCAACGUGGUGGCUGCGAUGAAGGAGUUUGGAGUGCGCAAAACAGUCAUCCUGCAGGCAUUUGGGGUGGGCGACUCAUGGGCUAACAUGCACUGCCUGCUGCGUCUGCUCAUGGCCAAGUCCAACAUGUCCUACCAGUACGAUGAUCACAACGACACGGAGAGGGAGGUGCGGAGCAGCGGGGUUGACUAUGUCUUUGUGCGGCCUUCUCGACUCGUGGAUACGGGGGCAAUGCCUAUCAGGGUGUGGCCGGAGGAUGGCAAAGGGGUGCCGAUGAUGGCCAGCACGAGUCGCAUCAGUGUGGCGCGGUGGCUGGUCGACGCAGUGGAGAGCGACAGAUGGGAUAACUCAGCUCCCGUGAUCACUAACUAGAGAUCUGGGGCUAGUGCAAUCUUAGUAGAUAGAGGUAAUUAUGCCGGUGAGGGUUAGAGUUCAGGCGUAGGGAUUUU